AUGGAGAUGGACGAGAUACGGGGAGAUGGCUACGAUGGCAAGGGCCCGACCAUUGCCCACAUCAACAACCCACGGGACCCUGAGAGUCCUAGCACCGACAGCUACCAACGAGCCGGGAAGCAAGUUCAGAUGGCGCCCGACGCCCCUGAGCCGCGAGUAUCAUUGUCAACAAUACUGGCCGUCUUUUUUAUGGGCCUGUCCUAUGUUCCCGCUAUCAGUGCUGGUCUGCUUCUUCCCACUGGUAUCCUGCAACAGAUAGGACAGCAAUUAGGCGACACGGAUAACAUUAUAUGGAUCCCUGGUGGAUGGUCCGUCGCUUCUGCAGUUGCAUUCUCGAUCGCUGGUGGCCUCAGUGACGUGUUUGGCCGUCGCUGGGUCCUUAUGUCUGGCCAGCUUUUGACACUGGUCGGCGCUAUAGUUGCUUCUGUCGCAAACUCAACUCUUCAGGUCGCAGCAGGAACAACCAUUAUUGGGUUUGGCGCUGGCACCAUCUUCGUGGGCUAUCCAGGAAUCUCGGAGUUGCUUCCGAACAAGUAUCGUGGCAUCGGUCUCGGCUGGACUGAGUUCUGCAUCAACAUCCCGUGGGGCUGCCUCAGCGUAUACCUCGCAACCCAGCUACUGAUCCAUGCGACGUGGCGGUGGGCCUUCUACAUUGCCAUCAUCUACGCGGUGAUCUGCAUCGCUGGCACGUUUGUCUGCUACUUCCCACCCUCUCGCCCUCAGCACGACUAUGAGAAGUCUCGAUGGCAGGAAUUCAAGGAACUCGACUUCAUUGGCCUCGCUCUUUUCACAGCAGGCCUCUGCAUCUUCCUCGUGGGCAUGACUGAUCUGGGACACGCGAACUUCUCCGUCCCUCUUGUUGCCUCGACAAUUUCCAUUGGUGCCGUCAUUUUCGUGGCCAGCUUCUGGUAUGAUUUCACCGUGCCGAAGAAUCCUAUCUUCCCGUUCAAGCUGUUCGCCAUGUUCCGACAAUUCACCGUGCACCUCAUCAUCCUGUUCAUCUCCGGCAUGGUCUGGCAGGCCGUUGUUACUCUUGCGCCGCAAAUUACUCUCUACGCCUUUACAAACGAUCCUAUCCAGAUUGGAAUUAUCAUGAUCCCCUCCACGAUGUCAGGUGUCCUGGGUGGCUGGAUCAUACCGUCCUUUGUGCACAAGAUCAAACAUGUGCGGUACCAGAUCAUAUUUGCCCUUGUGAUGCAAUGUGCAUUCACCGCCAGUUAUGCUGCAGUCAUCCCUUCUAACCGGAUGGCAUGGAGCGCGAUGCAGCUGUUCGGCCAGAGCUGUUUUACAUGGGUCACCACCCUUGCGUACGUCUCUUCUGGCCUGUUCGUCCCAGUCGAAGAGCUAGGUGUCAGCGCCGGUCUCCUUGGAACCUUCCGCUCGGCCGGAGGCUCUGUCGGCAACGCCAUCUUCAGCACGAUCAUGACGUCCGUCGCCAACAAGAACCUGGGCAACAAUCUCGCUGGAGCAGCCAUCGGCGCCGGCUUCGACCCCUCGAACCUGAGCGCCCUCAUCCCGGCUGUCAUUGAGAACGCCGUUGGCGUGCCCUUUGCAUUCGACGCCGUUCCAGGGGCCACGCCGGCGGUCAUCGCCGCCACAGGCGCCGCGUUCAAGGAGACUUACGCGAAUGCCUUCCGGAUGGUGUGCUACGCUACCAUCCCCUUCUGCCUUGUAGCCACCGGGGUGGCAUUCUGGGUUAAGGAUCCCUCUCACCUGUUGACCAACCAUGUUGCUGUUCAGCAGGAGAAGGAGGUUCUUUCUGGAGUUCAGCGCCGCCCGGAGGACGUGGUAGGAAAGCGAGCUGACGAUAGCAUCAACAUCUAG